AACAAAACCCGAAAGCAAGUGGGCAAUAAAAACCACUACCCGCUCCUUUGUCUCUCUCACAAGUGAAUUACUCCGUCUCUGAGCGACACACAGUCUUACCUCUUUGACGAGAUCAACAGAGCUUCAAGCAUGGUGUCCGGUGGAAGACAGAUUCUGGGUACGGCCCUGGCCCUCAUCGGCUUUCUGGGGAGUAUCAUCAUCUGCGCUCUUCCCACGUGGAAAGUCACAGCCUUCAUUGGUGCCAACAUUGUCACAUCUCAGGUGAUCUGGGAAGGCUUGUGGAUGAACUGUGUGACACAGAGUACAGGCCAGAUGCAGUGCAAGGUCUAUGACUCUCUCCUGGCCUUACCUCAGGACCUGCAGGCUGCCAGGGCACUGGUCGUCAUCGCCAUCAUCACUGGGGUCUUUGGGAUCCUUCUCGCUGUGGUUGGGGGAAAGUGCACCAACUUCGUGGAGGACGAAAGGCAGAAGAGCAAAGUGGCCAUCGCUGCUGGGAUCGUCUUCAUCGUCGCAGGCCUUUUGGUGCUCAUCCCUGUCUGCUGGACCGCCAACACCAUCAUUCGUGAUUUCUACAACCCUGUCCUGACCAACGCUCAGAGGAGGGAACUCUACACCAUGGCCUCGAUGGGGAUGCAGAUGCUGGCCAGCGCCCUGUGCCUCCUGGGUUGGGCAGGGGUCAUCAUCAGUUGCAUACUGCCCAUGUGGAAGGUCACGGCCUUCGUGGGCAGCACCAUCGUCACCUCCCAGACCAUCUGGGAGGGCAUCUGGAUGACCUGUGUGGUCCAGAGCACGGGGCAGAUGCAGUGCAAACCCUACGACUCCCUCCUCGCCCUCGGCGGUGACCUGCAGGCCGCCAGGGCUCUCACCGUCCUCGCCAUCGCCACGGGUGGCAUAGGCCUCAUUCUGGCCUUUGUCGGAGGGAAGUGCACCCGUUUCUUGGAUGAAAAAGGAGUCGGGGUUAAGGGCAAGGUGGCCGUAGCAGCGGGAGCAGUGUUGAUUGUCACAGGGCUGCUGUGUUUGAUCCCCACGUCUUGGGCAGCUGGGGCGGUGGUGAGGAAGUUCUACAGUGCCUCCAUAGAUGCUCAGCGGAGAGAGAUCGGAGCCUGUCUCUACAUUGGGUGGGGAGCAUCCCUAUUGCUCAUCCUGGGAGGGGGUUUGUUCAUCAGCUCUGCGUGCCCCAUCAAAGCCCAUGACACAGACAAGAACCCUUCCGUCCGCUACCUGGUGGUCCGCUCCUCCAACGGGUCCAGGCCGCCGUCAGCAAGGUCCCUGCCCGCCGGAGCAGGGUUUCCCCGCUCUCAAAGCGUGGGAGCGUCCACUAAGUCUCAGCUGUACACAAGCCCUCCCUGGGAGCACGAGCUGGAUCAGAGCUUCAGGCAGGAGUCAGAAAACUCAUGGGCACCGUCAACAAAGUCUCUGAAGAGGCCAGAUUCCACAAAAUCUGAAAAAAGUGAGGCGUUGUCUACAAAGUCUCAGCUGGAAAAAGCAGAAAUGGAGAAUUUAUCGACAGUCAACAGUGAUAAUGAGGACGCAUCCUCAAAUCCAGCAAAGACAUACCUAUAACAUGGGCACACAAACACACAAAUGCAACACACAUACUGUAUAUAUGUACUUAACUUUACAUGAAAUAGAGCGGUUUUACGUACUAAGAGUUAUUUAGAGGGAGUUGUUUACUUAUUUUGUGGUUGCUUUCUGAUGAAAAAUAGUUGAUGAGGUAUAAUUAUCUUUCUAAUCCAUUAUGUUAUUUUGAUUAAAGGAAAAAGAGGAAAAGGUUUGGACUACAUUCAUCAAUAUGGAGGAAAAUUUAACAUGUUAUGUGUACUUGAAACCAACUCAGCAACAAGCUAAUUCAAGGCUUAAGGUGCAGAGGUGUUAUUCUUUAAAAAAGGAACUUACUGAAUCAUAUUUUCGUGCUGUUUAAAAGCACUGAAAGAGGAUGAAUCCGUCCACAUUAAGUAUUUUAACUCAGACUUUCUAGCUUGUUUGUUUCUGAUGGACAUUCUACAACCUGAAUGCAACAGGAGGUAUGAAGCAACUUAAAGCCAUGACAUAUUUAAGCCAACUUUCCAUCAUUACUUUAUAGUGAUAGUUUUUAAUUCAUGUGCUCAUUUGAUGAAGAACUCCACUUGUUACAAAUAAAAAGUUACACAAUUGUUACUGUUAACAGGGGUUUCUGUGAAGAUUCACAUUUUACUUUUUGUCACAACUGUGAAUUUAUGUAUUAUUUUAUCUAGACAGAUAUUUACUGGCAGAUAUUUGUACAUUUACUUUUCAAUAAAUGCAAUAUCAAACAA